ACAAGACAAAUUGUCCAUUGAACAAGAAAUUUUUUACGCUUGACUGGCUUUGUGUUUGUCUCAGUUCGAUACGCAAGGUUUCUCCACAGUUGUUGUGGUUUUUCCCUCAAAUGCCUCUCAGACACCGUACCUCUGCGAGAAUUAGCCAUUCCGCGUGGGUUAAGUGAAGGAAUUUUGAUAGACAAGGGUAUUUUAUUACACCACUAUAAUCGCCUUCGUGCGCAGAGUGCGUGUCAACGUGAGAAAUCUUCCAUCGGGUUGUAAAUGAAAGUUUGUGCUUCAGAUCAUACAAGGAAUACUUUCCUCUGUUUAGGAAAUGAGGAAUCCUACAGGUAGUCAUCGUGAUGCUCCACUCACUGUCAGCUUUCCAGUUCCGAAGAAGGCAGCAAACAAACUUCGCAGCUUGGCGAUUUCCAAGGAUCGUCGCCUGCUUGAUCUGGGUGUUUUAGCUGUGCAGAUCAAUGAAGGAGAAAGCAUUGUUCUUGGGAUUAAGCUGGGAAGGCGAAAACUGAAGAGAACGGAAGUGGAAUCCAACAAAACUAAGGGAAAUACUUGUAAAGGAAGAAUAACAAAGAGGCAUUCGUCGUUGCGUAAUUUGGGGACUGUUCACCAUAUGCCGACAUCUUUGUCGCAUGCAGACAAACCGGCAACCGCGCAAAUCACAUCGUUCUCUUCACCUAAUCACAAGGACGAGAAGAGUGCAAGCAUAAGAGCAGGUAAAUCUAAUGGAGAUGCUCCGGCAAAUGAAUUAUUCAGCAGCAUGAUCUCGGGCACAAGCGACAAAUCUACGAAUGGCUCCAAUUUUCAACUAUCGGAUUACAAAACUCGUAGUGACAAUAGAGUUCUGUCAGUGAAUGGAGUACUAAGUUCCUCCAAAAACAAAGAAUCUCGGCUGGAUAUAUCGCACAGUAAUGUUGGCUUAGCGAGUGGUAGAGGUUUUUCGAGUUCAGAGUCAAACUUACGGAAGUCUAGUAGCGGAACUUGCAGAAAUAGCCGCGAGACACCUCCAAGUCCUGCUGUGAUUUCUGGAAGCAGAUUUUCAGCAGAUCGGCGUUUAUCUUCUCCUAACGGUCAAAGAGCCAACAGUGCAAGUCCUUGGUCAGAAACAAGUAGCACUAGCUCGGAUGAAAAUCUGGAAGAGGAAGUUCGUCAGCUGAUUUACAACUGCUACAUGGAUCAAAGCAAAUACAGUGCUGCAGACAUGUUAAAACAGCUAGCUAAAGCACAUACAGGCACUAAAGAAACCAGCAAGUCUACCAUGGGAAAUACUUCUGUUUCUUCAUCUGAAGUCAAAACUGUAACUGUUACUCCAAAAUCUAGCUCAAAUAGUAGUAUUUUAUUAGGGCAACCCAGAAUCUCAUUGAGCAACAAGAGAGCAGCAAUAACUGGAAGUUACCGUGAGCAUGUGAAGAAUAUCCGUUGUUAUUCUCUCACGUCCCUUACUACGAACACAGUAACAGUGAACUCUACUUUGAAUGUGCCAUCCAGUACAAAUUCACAAGCAGAUACAUCCCAGAGUUGCAAAGGGAGUAUCACAACCAAUUCACUGAGUUUUGGAGAAAGAAAUUUACCCACGAAACCUACUACCCACUCUACAUCAUCUAAGGCUUGUACAUCCUCCCAAACACUAAACAUUCUUACAAGCUCUUCUCAAACAACACCAGCCUAUCAUGGAGCACGCAAAGUAUUGUGGUCAGGUGCAAAUGUUUUUCCAGUCAACAGAUCAACUUUAGGAUCUUCCUUAGAAACUGCGUCUAGUGAGACUGCAACUUCACUUUUGCAAGCAUCAAAAAACAAUUCACCAUCCAUUUUUGCACAGAUUAAUGCUGCAACUCCUUCUCAGACAACCACAUCAGUACCCUUUGAGACAAAUAAUUCUGUCUACAUCUCUAACAAAGUUCCUGAAGAGGAACUGGCUAAAGAGAGCAAAGUGUUGCAGAGUGACUUGAAAACAGUCAUAAUGAAAACUCCAGCAUUGGCCCUUGAUUCACAAGAAUCAGUAUCCCUAGCUAAGCCAAUUACCAACAGUCCACAAGCUGCAAAGCCUGUAGUAUCUCCAAUUGUCCCACAGGAUGGUAACAGCGUUCAAACAGUGAGCCAAGGAACCAAAUAUGUGCAAAAUCUGACUCUUGCAAGGUCAGCCUUGCCGGCUGCUAAUGUUGUUAUUGCUGGAACAAACACUCAAACAACUUGGUCCAAUCAGCAAGUUUCUCCAACAUAUUUUUUAGGUGCGCAAACACAGUAUGGUAUCUACCCAGCAAUGUACAACACAGAUGUUAACAACAACCAACUGGCACAGCAGGCAGUUCCAGCUGGAUACCCUUUGAACUAUGUUUAUCCUAUCAGUAUUGUGUACCCUUAUCUGUCAGUAGCACAACCCAGUGGUGCUAAAAAUCCUGAUGGUGAGGAAGUCAAACAGGAGAAAGGAGAUACAGAUGUGGAGAAAUCAGACACAUCUGUUUCACGUGAAGCUGCAGCAAUGCCAAGGAACGAUUCUUCAAUGUCAGUUCAUCAAGGAAACAGUUUGAACACUGCUGGUUUGGUUUCAACCAACAGUAACACAGCUCCUGUGCAGACACAGUUUAUUGACCUGGCCAGCUCCAUGAGAUACUGGCAACAGCUCAAUUUACUGUACAGAAGUAGACUGCAAGCACUAACUCCUGGCAGCCUCUCAAAUGUCGCUGCAGUGCCUUCCAAUUCAGCAAAUAUAACCUCUGCAGCUGUGACAUCAACUUCUGAUUCAAGUUCAGUUGUAUGUGGAACAGCUGUGGGGUCUAGUCCACAGGAAUUUCCAUUUUCUAAGUCAGAACUGUCACAUUCAAACAUUUCCAGAAGUUCUUACUCUGAAAUCUUGAAGAAGGUGAAACCCGAAGAGGGAUCUGAACUAGGACAAAGUGACUUAAAGGAGUUAACCAAUGACAGACCUUCAGUCAUUGUGGCAGCUUCAUGUAAGGACAAUGCUGUUAAGAUGGAAAACAAUCAAAAUGGGACACAGAAUGAAGGCCAAGAGCUUAAAGAACUGAAUGAAACAUUUUCUCCUAAAUUUCUCCCUGGAAAAUUGCAGCACUUUUCCAAUGAAGAUCUGGCAGAAGGAAGUAGUCAUGUUUCAACUCCAACUCUGAGCUUUGUCCAUGACAGUUCCAUAGCAUAUGUGAACAUUGGGAACAGUAAUGGUAAUGGAUACAGCCAUGCAAGCUACAGUGGGAAUCUUGUGGGAACAAGAAGAUCAUCUUUGGAAGGUCAAGAGGAUUCUAUUAUUCGGCCUGCAAAGAGGAAAAAAGCCAAGAGAUCGUUAUAACAUCUUUGUUUUAAUAUAAAAAUAUAUUUUUCAUACCCUAAAACUGAUUAAAACCUUAUAUGUCCUCACAAAAUCAGUUUUAUAGGUAUAUAGACUAGGUUGAAUUAUGUUAUGCUUAUAGUAAUACUCUAUAGAAUCUCUGAGCUAAAUUACUCUCUGCAUUUAUACUUGAGGAAUUCUUAAUGUUAAACAGGUAAAUGAGGAAACACUGUUUUUUGUUAUUUACUUGCUGUUUGGUCAGAAUCUGUUGAUGUUGUUUUUUCGGUUGUAAGUGAAUGGUGGUCAAUUGUUUUUGGCAAUUUUUGUAAUUCCUCCUGCUUAAUUAUAAGUUUACUUAUCUAAAUGCCACAUUUUUAUCAUAAUGUAUGUCUUUCUAGCAGAAUAAUAGGUAAGAUGUCAUCAGGAGUACAAGGAAAUUUAACGGGGACAAAGGUUUCACAAUAUUCUCCAAGUGAUUAUUUCUGCAACUGCUUCUUCAGAGUAUCCAAGUUUGAAGAACUCAGGGAGAAGAUUUCUCUGUGAUUGGUAAAACUUUCUAUUCUCUGAAAUCUUCUACUGCUGUAAAAAUCCAAAAUGGUUACAGUACUAUCCAUGCCCAUCAGUAUAGAACUGUCUGUCUUACAGGCCCCAAGAAGAGAUUUAAUGAUAUUUUGUUUUGGUUGAAUAGCAUUUUUUUCUAUUAUGCGAUGUUCUCAGAGCUAAGAUGGAAGAAAAUUACAUUUUUUAUGCUCGUUAGAAAUCAAGGAAGUUUAACACCUUAAAUUGAUUGUUUAACUUCAACUAUUACCUACUGUGCAAAAAUUCUCAUUGAAAUUCCAGUACAUUUUCUUGCAAAUAUUUUAUGAGAACAGAGAAACUUGUCAGUCAGAGGAUGUUCCAUUGAUUUAAAAUGGAAUUCUCUGGUCUAAUUUACAGGGGAAUGCAUGGUGGUCAGUCGGGAGAAUAACUGAUUUGAUCUUGGGAGUCAUAGGGUUGAAUAUGUUAUUCCUCUCCAUGGUGUUAGAAAUUUGCCUAAACAACUGUCAUUCUCAAAAGCCCCAAACUAAAUUUCUAGAUAAUUUUUAUUUCUGCAAAUUGAUAUAUUCAAAUAAUUAGUUAUGGUUGUAAAUUCUACUAAAUGCAAUUUACCUCAAGAGAAAAAAAAGGAAAGGAAAAAAAGAGUGUUGUUGUUGGAAAGUGAACCAUGCAUAGAGAAUCUGUUUUUAUCGUAACAAAUUCAUUAUGUUACAAUAUUGUUCCAUUUUCUACUUUUCAUAAAUCUUUGGAUUAUUUGCCAAUAGAAGUAAAUAUUGAUAAAUUGUUAUGAAUAUGUUUGAAUUUAUAUUAGAAAAUAUUUGGUUUCAAUAAUCUUUUUUUGAUUUGGACUUAAAUUGCAUGUUUGCAUAGACUGUGCUCUACAUGCAUGUUAAAGAAUUGUAAAAUGUGCAGGUAGUUUGUCUAGAUUGACAAUUACUUUCUCAGCUGCCCCUAAAUGUUGAAGAGUAUUUUUCAAUAUUUUCUUGAUAUCAAGGGAGUAUCUGUUGAUAAUAUUUUCUAAUUGACAAAGCAUGACUUUGUACUAUUGCGAAGUUUUCUUUUGACCAUUUUAUACUAAGA